AGUCGACCAUAGCGACUGCUUCCGAGACCUAAGCCGUUCUGAUAUUGUCCGACAUACCCACCUGUGAUGCCUUUGAUUGAAGUGAUUGCCAACGAUCGUCUGGGACGCAAAGUUCGAGUGAAAUGCAGCCCAGAUGACACUGUUGGAGACCUCAAAAAGCUCAUCGCCGCACAGACCGGAACUGAUCACUCCAAGAUUCAGCUGAAGAAGUGGUACACGAUUUACAAAGAUCACAUAACACUUGCAGACUACGAGAUCCACGAUGGCAUGAGCUUGGAGAUGUACUGAGUGGUGUAAGAUUGAAUCCGUGUAGCCUUAUCAAACGGCGAUGGCCCUCCAAUGUUUACUCUAAUUCUUGUGUGUAGUUCUA